AUGACAACCCUGGAAGAGGUUCAGAAUCGCCGACGCGAUGAAAACUACAUCGACACUGAGCAGAUUGAUUUCAAGGGCCUCAACAACGACUAUAGCGCUGAGCGCUUUGGCGCCUGCUCCAAGCAAAGCUUGCGUCGAUACCUCAUCACCCCCGACGAAGUUGCCUCCGUGAUCAAAGACUUUAGCCCACUUGUCUGGCUUAGCCUCAUUCUGACCGUUGUUUUUGUCUUCAUUUGCGAUCGCUACGACAUUUUGUGGAAUGUUGAGGUGGCCAUCGUCAUUGGGCCCCUCGUUUUCCCCCUGGCCUUUAGCAUCAAUGCCUCCUACCAGCGCCGUGAACGCGUGCUCGAGGAUCUGGCCAGUUUGAAGUCAGCCCUGGCCGACAUGUACUGGUGUCAUCGCGAUUUGACGCUGAACACCAACGUUGGCGAUGGUCAUGACGAGCAAGUCCGGGAAACAAUUGAAAACAUCAUGGACACGCUCCUCAAAUAUCUCAUUCACCAAUCGCGUAUCAAUCGCGAGGAGAAGCUCCGUCGUCUCUAUCGACUCCUGAGCCGCCUCUCGCGCGCCAACGUGGUCGUGCUUCGCUCCGACCUGCCAGGAGCAAGCCCUCUUGUAGCCAACAUGUUUCGCAUGCAUCAAGAAAUUGCCACACGUUUAGAACGACUCCGCUCCAUUCGAGAAUACCUGACGCCUCGCUCAAUACGCAAUUUCUUCAAAGUAUUUGUAUUUUUGGUUCCUCUGGUCCUUGCGCCUUAUUUUGUGGCCACGGCUCGCGAGACGGACACGGGUAGCAGCAUGUGGAGCGCCUACUUUUCGGCUGUCGUCGUGACCUUGCUCUUUGGCGCGCUGCAAUCGGUCCAGGAUGGCUUGGACGAUCCAUUUGAUGGUGUGGGCGAGGAUGACGUGAGCCUAUUUGAGCUCAGUCGCUGGCCCAAGGUUGCACUCUGGAAGACGUCCAAUUUGAUGGCCGACUCGCUGGUGGCACCAAACAGAGGCACCACCAUGCAAGCCCUGCGCGAUUUUUUUAGCAUGAAGCGGGUUGAUCCAGAGCAAGCCAAGCCCGAGGACGUGGUGAUCAAGGCUAAGAAGAGGUCAGGUUGUUGUGGCUGCUUUACCCCCGUGGUGGAAGAAGAUGAAGAUCGCAUCAGCGUCUGCACCGCCCAGUCCAGUGCCGCCGAAGAUGAUGUGUAUGAUGCCCAGUUAUCCAUCUUGUGCGAGCAAAGCUCCAUGGGCAACACGCCUGAUCGCAUGGCAGCUGCAUCAGUUCGUGCUCAAGAAUGGUUGAUUGCACAGCAAGCCAGUGUGCCCAAUUCCGGCAGUGCGGUGCCCGAGCGGCCGUCGCCCUUGGGCAACCACGUGCGCGCACGACCCAAAUCCGUCCCAGUGCCGGUUCACCCCUCAAAUAUCACCACGCUGGGGCACGAUGCAAAGAGCCAACUGGGCCAAACACCCCCCUAUCCGGUCGGAUCGGCCAUUGCCGCCGCUACUCUGACACCUGGCUCCAAUACAAGUCCAGGUAGUGCAUUUGAUCAAGCCCCGGGCAGCGCACCGGCCCAUCUCAGCGGCGAGGUUGACGGCAAGCCUGGCAAGGUGCCUCCACCCCCUCCCCUCAACAUGGGACACCCUGCGCACCAUCGUUUGACUAGCAUUGCUGAGCGCUCUUCCAGCAGCUCAUCCCAAGCCGACGUCAUGAGACGCCCUAGCAUUUUGAGCGUUCAAUCGCUCGACGAAGCCCUCGCCAACACCCCGCCACCUCCGUUGAGCAAUGACCGAGAACCGCGUCGCGUCAGUUGGCGCGGCCGGCUGACGGAUACGCAACCGUCUACGGAGUCUGACCCACCCGUGCCGCGUAAAGUCAGCGAUGUACCCUCCAUGAUAUCGCAAGUACCAACGACCCCGGGCAUGUUGAUGGUCUCCCCAGACUAUGCCAGCGGUGCCCCGCCGUUCCCGGUCCCGGUGUCAACCUCAGACACCUCAGACUUUGCAUUCGCUGAAAUGGAGGCGGUUGCACGCGAGCAUGCGCAGGACAUGGCCCCGGGCCCGCCAUAUCCGCCGCCGCCCGUGUCACGAUCCAUCGAAUCUGCCCUGAACCACUCCACCAACAGCGUUAUAGUACAAAAGCUGCGAAGCCUCAAGUCAUCCCACCAUUCCCCCUCCAACUCGGGGCACAGCCACAGCGAGGGCCAACGCGAGAGCCACUCUCGAUCUGAGCCUCCGAUGGACAUCCGGCACAUUGUUGAGCAGUCUAAAUCCCAGGGCCUCGAUGAGAUGAGCAUCCUUCGCGAGCUCUUGCCUGCAGGCAAUGCGGCCCUGGACGAUCGUGUAUUUGCUCAGGAGCGCUACGACCGUCAUCGCAGCGGCAGCAAUGUCACUGUGCCCUCUCACAGCGACGCUGAUACCGGUCUUGCUGGCCAGGCCAUGCUGCACCUGUCGGUGAGCAAUAACUACGCCGAUAGCAGUGCCAUGAGCCAGGGGCGGGAGAGUCCCUCUGGCCCUGUAGCUUCCGAAGGAGAUCACGAGCCCACCAACUCGGCUGGUUCCAUUCCACUGGCCGCGCCUCGCCCUCCUAACGCACUGCGUGCCUCGGACGAGAUGCGAGGCCCGUGGGGCUCCAAGAGGGGCUCUUCGGAGCAUGCUUAUGUGGAGCUUUCCCCGUCCAUGCCUCGGGCAUCCAUGCUCAGCAUGAGCAUGAUGGCAGGAGACAGCCCCACACGCAUGACGCGUGUUUCAUCGGGUGAGGCGAGUGUGGCAGCUACAGCCUCACGACACGCCUCCGUCACCGUCCCAGCUGCUUCAAAUAUGGGCGACGACGAGGUUGUGGAGAGUCUUGAAUUCUCCGACCGGGGCUCGCUCAAGCGCCGUCAUCCCAACUCGCGACUGGCAAGCGAAGUUGGUGCAGAAGACACCCCAGUCGGGCCCCUGACGGCCGCUGCAUUGGCGGCGGCCGACACGAGUGAAAACCCCCCUGCUUCGACCGAUGCACUAGCUUCCCCCUCCACCCGAUCUCCGCCACUGCGCCACGAUAAUACGUACUUGUGA